CCAGGCCGAUCCCAUUGUCGCUAUUGUCCUCCAGCCUCCAAUGUAACGAAGACUAUUAUUAACGAGAUAAUAGGGAAGGACUUCCUCUUCUUGCCCAGAUUCGAAUUUGAUUCUGCCUCCCUCCAACUCGACUUUUCCCUUCUCAAGCAACGACCUUCGAAAUCGCGAACAUCCUCGAGAAAGCUCCCACGUCCUCCCAUUCUCCAAUACUUCGAACAAGCAUUUCCCCCUUCUCCUACACACCUUCUACAUCUCAUUCGCUGCUCCUGGGUGAUCUGCGACCAUCAUGGCAACCAUGAUUCCUUCACCGGAGGUUUCCCCAGUCAUAGGGGCUUCCCACAGAAUCGAUCGCCAGCAAUCCAACUCCCCACCUCUACAAGAACAACAACUCUCCAAGAGAGACAAACGCCGUAGCAACCUUGCCAACCGUCUUGUCGAAAUCACUGCUCAGUUCUCUGACAAUCGAGAUGUCCACUACCGCAAUCAGCUCCAAGCUCUGCAGAUCGACAUCAACCUCAUCGGAGAAGCUGAUGCCCACGGUGAUAUGCCACUUCCUGACAGUCCAGCGGCCAUUGAUACGUUGGUUCGGGAGAAUCUUCAAAAGAAUCUGAUGAAGGCUAUUGGUGUCAAUGUUCCCUUGAGAGCUGGUAGAGUUUACGCAGAUUUUGCUAAGGAGAUCAACGAUGCUAUGGAGGACAAAGAUGCUAUGCUGGCUAUGCAUAAGAGGGAUUUCGAUGUCAAAUUGAGCGAACUCACUGCAGACUACGCAUACCGACAGAAAUUGGCCAGCAACGAAUAUCAUGCUUUGUCAACCACCCUCCGCGAUCGAUUGAUCAACAGUGUUACAAGCAAGAAGAACCGUUUGGCAAAGGACAAUGCAUCGCUGGAGCUCGGUGAGAAUAGCAACGCUCUGCUACUUCAUCCAAGCCAAUUCGGUGUCGCAAAUCCUGCCAGCCCUGGUGGUCUUAUUGGCAAGAGAGCUACGAGACAUCGCCGAGACGCAGAUGAUAUACCAAACUUUACAGAAAGCAAUAAGCGAAAGCGCAAAGCUCACGACAGUGAUGAGUCUCCUGCUCCUACCCGUCAACGCAUCGACAAUGGGAAUAGCACUCCGAUCUGGUUUGCAGAACAAAACGCCCUCAAGAACGUGCAGGUUGACUCCGCACUCUACAGCGUCGAGAAGCUGUUCACGGAGAAGGAAUUGGCCAUGACAUACAAUGCCGCGGCCUUAGCUGCCCACUCAUACAUGCAACGUCAAAAGACAUCCGAAGAGAACGAUUCUCCACCAAACGGCAAGUCCGACUCCAGUUCCGAGAACGGGAAGGCGAUUACAGCAGCCGCCGAAGCCGAACCUGAAGAUGCAGACUCCCCACCUGGAGGCGCAUCAAUGGAGCGUCAAUACUCUCAUGCCACUCGCAGCACUCGAGGCGUAAAUUCCUACCUGUCCGGAUUUGGCAUUGAUGCUCUUGGCGACAUCAGCUACCCUGGCACAUUCGAUGCUCUCGUCAAGCAAAUCCCCAAGCUACCUCCACCUGGACUUGUAUAUGGCUCAAAGACUUAUAGCAACAAAGACCCAACAUCCGCGGGUUUUGCAGCAGGCAUGAACGCCGAGGACGCCAACGCAGAAUUCGAACUCAUCAGGAGGGCGAGAAUUUACAACGAGGAGAAUGGGUACGGAAAAAAUCUGGAGCGUGACGAAGGUGCAAGAAGUCUUCUCGAGGUGGCAUCCGACACCAAAAAGCGAUACUCGUGGGUCAAGUCCGAUAACAAGGACCUGCUGAAGGAGGUCAUAAGCAGCGUGAGAGAGGACGCCAACGAGGGCAAUGAGCUUACACUUACUCCUGGCGGUGAGCAAAUGUCGAGGCAAAACACUGGCGACUCGAUGAUCAAGACCACCUCGUCUCGAGGGCGGAAUUUUAAGGGAAGAAAUCCGGCAUGAAUAUGGGGUGUAGGAUUACAUAGACAUUUUCGAUCGAACAAGCGUUGUUUGAUACCAUAGAUGGAUAAUAAAUGAACGCUUUAAAAGUUCCUCCUUGGUCG